AUUCCCCCAGGGACCAUGGGCUGUAGCUGCAGCUCAAACCCUGAAGAUGACUGGAUGGAAAGCAUCGAUGUGUGUGAGAACUGCCAUUACCCCAUAGUCCCACCGGAUGGCAAGGCCAUGCUGUCCUUCUGGAAUGGCUCUGAAGUGCGGGAUCCACUGGUCACCUACGAGGGCUCCAACCCCCCAGCUUCUCCACUGCAAGACAACCUGGUUAUCGCCCUGCACAGCUAUGAGCCUUCCCAUGAUGGAGACCUGGGCUUCGAGAAGGGUGAACAGCUACGUAUCCUGGAGCAGAACGGCGAGUGGUGGAAGGCGCAGUCCGUGACCACGGGCCAGGAAGGUUACAUCCCCUUCAACUUUGUGGCCAGAGCGAACAGCCUGGAGCCCGAACCCUGGUUCUUCAAGACCCUGACCCGCAAGGACGCGGAGAGGCAGCUCCUGGCGCCCGGGAACACGCACGGCUCCUUCCUGAUCCGAGAGAGUGAAAGCACCAAGGGAUCGUUUUCACUGUCCGUCCGAGACUUCGACCAGACCCAGGGAGAAGUGGUGAAACAUUACAAGAUCCGUAACCUGGACAAAGGCGGCUUCUACAUCUCCCCCCGCAUCACUUUUCCUGGCUUGCAUGAGCUGGUCCGCCAUUACAUGAAUUCUUCGGACGGGCUGUGCACGAGGUUGAGCCGCCCCUGCCAGACCCAGAAGCCCCAGAAGCCGUGGUGGGAGGAUGAGUGGGAGGUUCCCAGGGAGACGCUGAAGCUGGUGGAGCGGCUGGGGGCUGGCCAGUUUGGAGAGGUGUGGAUGGGGUACUACAACGGGCACACGAAGGUGGCAGUGAAGAGCCUGAAGCAGGGCAGCAUGUCCCCCGAUGCCUUCCUGGCCGAGGCCAACCUCAUGAAGCAGCUGCAACACCAGCGGCUGGUGCGGCUCUACGCGGUGGUCACCCAGGAGCCCAUCUAUAUCAUCACGGAAUACAUGGAGAAUGGGAGCCUGGUGGAUUUUCUCAAGACCUCCGCAGGCAUCAAGCUGACCAUCAACAAACUCUUGGACAUGGCAGCCCAAAUUGCAGAGGGCAUGGCAUUCAUUGAAGAGCGGAAUUAUAUCCACCGUGACUUGAGGGCUGCCAACAUCCUGGUGUCUGAAACCCUGAGCUGCAAGAUCGCAGACUUUGGCCUAGCACGCCUCAUUGAGGACAAUGAGUACACAGCCAGGGAGGGGGCCAAGUUUCCCAUUAAGUGGACAGCACCAGAAGCCAUUAACUAUGGGACAUUCACCAUCAAGUCGGAUGUGUGGUCUUUCGGGAUCCUGCUGACGGAGAUUGUCACUCAUGGCCGCAUCCCUUACCCAGGGAUGACCAAUCCUGAGGUGAUUCAGAACCUGGAGCAAGGCUACCGCAUGGUACGACCUGACAACUGUCCAGAUGAGUUGUACCAACUUAUGUUGCUGUGCUGGAAGGAGCUCCCGGAGGACCGGCCCACCUUUGACUACCUGCGCAGCGUGCUGGAGGACUUCUUCACAGCCACAGAGGGCCAGUACCAGCCGCAGCCCUGA